UGCAUCGCAACCCCCCCGGCAUACCAUUUGCACCGUUUCAUCAAUCGUCAUCCGUCACCAACACACCGACCGAAACGGGUGUAGCAAUUUGACAGCUGCCCAGCUUCAGACGAUCGUGUCAACAUCGGGAAGAUCGUUUUGCGGUUCGGUUUCGGCCUUUCUUUCCGGAUGUGCCGUACAUGUCAGUCGUAAUUUUCCUACCGAACCUAACGCAUUGAAACGCUGAACUGUCUGUUCCGGAAGUCGGACGAAAAUGGUUCCGCAAGUGGAAAAAUAAACGUGAAAGCGAACAAAGUAAAAACUCGGCGCGAAAGUACAAAACAGCCAACAACCGCAACUGUUCGAGUGUGUUCGAUUGGUAACAGAGAUACCGAAAAAGAACCAAGAAACGAAAUUUGCCUUCGGGGCACAUUCGAAGUGAACGUGUGUCGGAAAAAUAAUCUAAUCGAGGCGAAAAGUUUUGCCCAACGGAAAUGCUCCAAUAACUGUGAAAACCGGUGGAAAAGUUGUGGAUAAUAAUGAAACGCUAAACCCUACGUACAACCGUGCGGACAUACGAACUGGUCCAAGUCAACCCACCAGGCAGCCAACAUCGCAAACAUCGACCAGGCGCGGCCUUUGUUCAAUAUACAAAUUGAACGUACCAUCGUCCGUGCGCGCGUCGUACAAUUUGCUUCCCCGUAACGAACACCGCACACAGCGCAGACGAGCCAGAGAAGAAGCCGUAACAAAUCAAGUGCAAUAGAAACGCGACCCAUCGCGCCCGAAAACGAUUGUGCACAGGGUAAACAAAUCAAUAAAAUUGGCAUCAACUUACCCAGCAGUGCCCGGUCACCCAUUGGGCGGGGAAGGGGGUUGAGUUUCGCAACGAAACGAAGCGCCAGCAUGAAAGAGUGUUGCACUUAAUUGGAAGCAAUUGGUGCUGAUUGAGUUCCGGGACGCUUUCAGUGCGAGUUUACUAAAAGGCGACAAGUGAAAUACACACCUUUCGAAGGUGUGUUUGUGAAUUGACCCUCUGUGGGUGUAUGUGUGUGUGUGUUGUUUGAGUUAUAGAAGCGAAAGCUUUUUUCCCAAAACAGCUGUUGUAACCCACUGGGCGACACAGAAGUGCUUUGUGAAACAAAAGAUAAAUCGAAAGAAUAGAACAUGUUUACCCUACCACUGUACAAGGACAACGUCAUGGUCACCUCCUGGAGUGAUGCUUCAUCCUAUCGGAUGAAGAAGAACAUGGCCGAACUGAUGCAGCAGAUGCGUGAUCCGGCCACAAUUGGUGGUGGCUCAGUGGGCAGCAUACCGCAAAGUAUCGUCUCCUCCAGUGCGAAUCCAAACGAUCUCCAGAAGGCACUCCGCAACCAGGGCAUCCAUUCAACGCCGGCCUCGAAUCUGAAGCUUACGGAACAGAUGCGUUACGCACAGCACGACAGUAGCCCAACGCUGGCGUACCAUCUGCCAUCUCAGCAGCACCAGGCCCAUGCACAUCCGCAACAGUACCAGAACGGUGGUCCGAAUCGGUUGGCCACGUCGAAAAGUUAUUCCGGUGGGUUAAACCAUUCGACCGGUGGUGUGAACGGUCCGACCAGCAGUAGCAGCAUCUCGUCCAGUCUCUCCUCACUGCCGGACAUCUCGGCGAACAACUCGCAGUUCUUCGAGGUGCUGUACGUCGGCAAGAUCAAGGUGUCGCACAAGCGUGUUCCCUCCACCUUCAUCGAUGAUGCGCUGCCCAAGUUCAAGGCCUACGAUGCGGAGAAGCUACGCCAGCAGCAGGAAGCCACACGCAAGCAAUCCACACCGGUCGGUGAGGAAUCAGCUACCAGCACGGAAGCUGAAACCCGGCGCAAUGAGUCCGACAAUAGAGGCGCGGAGUCAACACCACCUGCACCGGACGAUCCACCCGAAGUCUUCCAGGGUCGUCGUGUCAGCACGUUCGAUAUUCCUUCGAAGAAAAUUGAGAAUGGUACCGUGGUUGAAGGCAAUACAUCCGGCAGUGGUAAUGAACAGCCUAAAGUAGAGGAAAAGGUGCAGCAACAGAAGCUGCCAGAACCGGAACAACCGAACCAGACGGCAUCGGUGGCAGCUUCCACUCGAGAGUGUGUUUCCGGUAAAGAAACAAAAUCACCAACAGCCCAAGAUGAGGAUGCACCUGUUCGACGUGAUCGUUCAGCUUCGAUUGGAUCGAUACCGGUGGUCGAACAGAACCGAACGAUGGUGUUCCUGAUUGGGCAGACAGAUUUGCGCCUGAUCAGCCCAGACCGGAAACAGGUACUGCUGCACAAAGCGUUCCGCGAUGUAGCCAGCUGCGUACAUGGGUACAAAAAUGCCGAUCAUUUCGGUAUUAUCUGCCGGGAUGUGAACAACGAUGGUUACAUCGGGUACGUGUUCAAGUGUCAGUCGGAACAGGUCGCAAAUGAUAUUGUGCAGGCGAUCUCGCUUGCCUUCACGGCCUGUUCGGAACAGAAGCAGAAGGAUAAGGCAGCGGCUCAGAUAUUCUCCUGCGAGCACUGUCCGAUGCUGUGGUACCACAAGCUGUGCACCGAUACCGAGGGACAUAGCGACAAGAAGACCCAGUACAUGAUCUUCAAGCGUAUCGAUACAACGCUCACCGACGACGAACAGCGGCUGCUGAUGGAGAAGUACCAUGGUGCGGAAGAGGCCGCCGGCAGCAGCUUGGGUGAACAGAAUCAAUUUCUCAUGAUGCUAUUGCGGGCCCACUGUGAGUCGAAGCAGCAGCGGCACGUACACGAUACGGUCGAACAUAGGGCCGAAUUCUUGAAUCAGUAUCUCGGUGGAAGCGGUAUCUUCAUGAAGGCGAAACGGUCCCUUACUAGCUCGUUUGAUCAUCUGUUGAAAAGGCGCACUAGCAGGGAUGAUUUCGUGGCCGGAAGUUUGAAGGAUUCGAGCUCAACCGACGAGCUGAAGGAUGGUAGUUUUGAGCCGGUAACACGCGCUCGUGCAUCGACGAUCGGGUCCAGCCCGUCAAUGGGACGGAAGAGUUCAGACAUCGGCAAUGGAACAACUCCACAGCUGAAGUCACCCAUGAUGGAUAUCUUCAUCAAGGUAGGCAAUAGCCCCAGAGAUCAUAGUCAUGCCGGGUCUUGGAGACAGGCAAUGCUGCACCGUGUGGUAACACCGUCGAAGAACAUGAAGAGUGGCCCCGAAGAAUAUAUGUCACCGUUGCGUUCAAUCGGUACACCGGCAAAGAAGCGUACCCGUGAGGAGCUACGGGAACUUUGGCGCGUAGGCAUCAAGCAAACAAUCAUCCUCAACCGGAUGGAGAAGGAGAAUGCUCAUCUGCAGGCACGUCAGAAUGAAAUAAAAUCGAACGAGAUACGGCGCGUUAAGCUGGAGUACGACGAGAUUACGGUUUGCGAUAAACGAUCUGCUGAACAGUGGGAUGCACUGUUGGAUAAUUGCACACCGAGUGCAGUCCCACCCAAUCAGGCCAUAUUGUAUCAGGCGAUGAGGAAUGGUGUGCCACGAUCAAGGCGCGGUGAAAUCUGGAUGUAUCUGGCAGAGCAACAUGUGCACCAUCAUCCGGAACCGAUCGAUACAACCAACUUCCCGAACUUCAACACACCGUACCAUGUGCUGCUGAAGAACUUAACGGAACACCAGCAUGCCAUCUUCAUUGAUUUAGGUCGCACAUUCCCGGAUCAUAAGUACUAUAAGGAUGCUCUUGGAGUUGGACAGCUUUCGUUGUUUAAUCUGCUGAAAGCAUACUCCAUUCUUGAUCCGGAGCUGGGUUACUGUCAAGGGUUAGGAUUUAUUUGUGCCGUCUUGUUGUUGCACCUCGAAGAAGCCGAUGCGUUCGAGCUGCUUAAGCAUUUGAUGUUCCGAAGGGAAAUGCGCGCCAAAUAUCUACCGAACAUGAAGCAGUUCCAGCUGCAGCUGUACCAACUGUCCCGGCUACUGAAGGACCACAUACCGGACCUGUACGAUUGGUUCGAUCAGCAUGACAUUUCGCAAACGCUGUACGCCGCACCCUGGAUACUGACCGUGUUCAGUUCACACUUUCCGCUCGGUUUCGUGGUGCGUGUGUUCGAUCUGCUCUUUCUCGAAUCGUUUGACGUCUUCUUUCGGUGUGCGAUCGCACUGCUAGAGGCCCACAAGGAGCAGCUAAUGCAGCGUGACAACUUCGAGGACAUCAUGAGCUAUCUGAAGAAUGUCAUUCCCAAGAUCGAUGCCGAUGUAAUGGAGAAGGUUUUUCGGGAUGUGUUCCGGCGCGAUUUCUCGUGUCAGCUGAUCGAAUACCAGGUCGAAUAUAAUGUGCUGCAGGAGGAGAUGACUUCCCAGACCUAUUACCGCGAAGGCUACAAUCGGUUGAAGGAGGAACACCAGUCACUGAAUACGCAGCUCCAGUUUACACAGUCUCACUUGAUGCAGUUGGAAAACACUCGCCUCCUGCACCAGGAACAGAUCCAUUCACUACAGACGCAGGUCCUGACGCUCGAAAACACCGUCCACACGCUCGUCAGGUUUAUCGAGCAAACGGUUGAUGUACGUUCGGAUAUUGUGCUGCCGAAUGAGGUGUGUCGCAUUGUCCAGCAGGUUCAGGAACUUCAACAGCAGCAACAGCAACAACAGCAAAAGAAACGCUCACCAAUAUUCGUCGAUCGUAAGAUUGGCAAAUCGAUCUCGUUCAACAGCAAUCUUGGACUGGCCCUUAACGUGCUGGAAGAAGCGAACGAACCGGACGGACCUGGAACACCGACGAAGAAGAGGCAACCCUACUUCCAGAACUCGUUCACCCAGAUCCGCCAGCAGCGGGACAGUCUCUGGCUGCACAAGCUUGACGAAUGUAACAGUACCAGUCCCGAGCAUGGUGGAGCGAACGGUACGGGCAGUACAUCUCUGUCCUCAGCCAGCAUAAAGGCACUGUCCGGUAAUAGUGAUGAUAGUGGUAUAGCGACCCCGAUAAGCCCACAGCUGCAUGCACCGUCAACUACACCGAUGGUGGCCGAAAGUCGACCGCUGGUACCGUUCGAAAACCAUCCACUCAGCAGCUGUGGUGAUGUGGCGGUACAGUACAACGGCACAACACAGCUAAAGACGCUGAAACCACGUUCGCAAUCACGCCACGGUUCCGUCUCGUCGAUCGUCAGCGAAACGAGCAACGAACCACGGCCCCAAGUCGCGACGGAUCGUAGUUAACGGUCUCGCCAGGUUGCACCGAAUGGGAACCACCCGGACAUUACAUCACGUAGAGAAUAAGUGGGGAACCAAUGUCGGGUACCGGGGUAUCUUGUAAGCUUCCCGCGUGGGCCAAAAAACAUGCGCGAGCCACAUGCCAGCCGAAGUGCAACAGAGUGUGUUCAACGUCUACGUUCUUCCAUCACCGGAGAUGUUUCAGAACAUUCGCACACGAAACCCGAACAAUCUGCUCGCGAUGUCCGGUCCACAUAUACACGAAACAGUUUCUUUCGUAAUCGUGAUUAUCGCUGCUUACUCCCUGGCUGGAGCAGCAGACAAAAGUGUUAGAAUCAAAAUACGUUCCCUACCCCCUCAAAAGCACAUUAAUGUUGCAAAUCAAUUCAAGCGGAGUGGAGGAACUGUAGUGUCUCUCAGCAGCAAGAACACUAGAUGGAGUUCUGGAUGGAGAAAUGAAGUACGAUAUUAUCUCCUACCUGGAGAGACCAAUGGAAGAUUAUAUACUCUCGUUGCUUUCCUUUCGGCAGCUAUCUUCCGGUUGAUCUAGGAAGAUAGUACGAAGAUAGAAGGAUAUGAAAGAUACAACAACUAUUACUACUAUUGAUCGCUUUUUGCAAACCGCAAACAAAAAUGAGAAGAAGUCACAUUAGCAAAGGAGAGGACAAAGUGAAACUCAUCUACAAAACUCAGAAACCAAACCCAACGCCAGUAAAUGCUUCGUACAAUUUUUGUGAGUGUGAAACGUAGUUUGUAGUGUUUAGUGAUGAUCUUAGAACCUUACUGUGCAGCCUGCUAGCUACUGUUGUUAUCAUUUUUUUUAUUCUAUUCUUUGCUAGCGAUUCAACCAGGAUGUCACCAACAAAUUUUGUAGAAUAGUAUCAGCUAGAUCAGCUGAAGGGGUAUGGUGGGGCGGAUUUGUACUUAGGAAGAGAAACAGAACCAUUGCGCCUAUUUGUUGGUGUAUAUAUUUUUGGGUAAUAGAUGUAAAAUCCUGCUUCCUAUCUUGAUUUUCCCUUGUUAACCUGCUCGUUUUAAUAAUGGCAAACAACACCAAACCACUGACAACACAACACCAAAAGCACUGAAGGAGUCUCAUUGAAGAUUUACUUCAAUGAAGAAGUGGCCGCAAAAUCUACUACUUCUCACACAUACGCCAAGUUUAUUAGGAAAAGGCUUCUUUCUUCUUUUUAUUUUGAGGGUCUCAUAUAUCCCUUUUCUAUAGUAUUUGUGUUGUUGACGGAUGAAAUGUAAAUCGCACCCAUAAAGGAAGAAUAUAGUCAAAAGUCCAAUUUCUACGAUCCCUAACUAGUGUAGAGAAUUGAACCUACUCCUCGUGUAAGCGUGUUGUUGGUGUCGUCGUGCGUUCUCUGCUGUACCAUUUUACCGACCAUUUAACGGUUUGCAAAAAAACAAAAAAGUACCACGUUGUGGUCAAAAGUACUUCAGUGUGGACUCAGGUUCGACCUGGAUCAGAUCACCUGACAAGAGUUGAAAAAAAAAACAAAUUCCUCCUACCGCAAUCAAACAUGGCGCAAUAACAGAAGGGCUAGUUGUAACAUUUAGCUUGUGUGCAGCACCGCUUAUACCUUCGCUUACACUAUAACCGAUCGGGCUGGCUCGUUACGUUAGAGAAAGAUAAUACAACCCCACACUAAACGAUUGUGCAGCGGUGAACAAACCAGCGAUACGAUACACUUAAGAUCGCGCUGUAUGAUCUUCUCUAUAAAAUCCCUAUAAUAUGUGAAAACAUGUCUAGCUGGUUGGGCGUUUUUUCGGUAUUUUUGUAACCGUAGCUUUUCGAGCUUUCUCGGGAGACCGCCCACGCUGUGUGUAAUAUCCAGCCAGCCUUAACACGUGGGGCAUACAUCUCCGUUGCUUCCCUUAUCUGUUCAUUGUAAAUACUAUCUCGUUUAGGUCAAAUAGGUGUCACAGGACACCGGUUCUUACCGUAUAGACUAGUAUUGCGUUGUUGUUCUGUUGUUCUUCUUUAGUUGUUACAUUAGUUUAAUACUUAUGGGCUUUCGUUAAUCGGCUUUUUUUGUGUAACGCUUCACUUCAUUUGGGAUAGGAAAAAAAAGUCACAAAACAAAUAGCUAAUAUAUCUCUAUCUACGCUUCGGUGAUACAAGACAAACAGCAAAAAGCAAAAAGAAGGAAAAAAAUAGACACAUAUAUGUAUAACACCACACCAUCACGGCUGCAUAUAAUUAAGCAUCUGUAAGAGGUAUGACAAAUCGCGAAAGAAAAUAAAACCCAAUAUAUAGCUAAAUAUCAGUUUAAAGAA